AUUAAAUUUAUGACACCAUUACAAAACACGAAACGGAAGAUUCUUCCGUUCCUAAUUACCGUCCGACCAAGAAAAGCCUAAUCACAUCUGUCUCUCUCCCUCUUCUGUUCUUCAUUUUUAAGAGAUGAGAUAUUUCUCUUCUCAUCGCCAUUGAUCUCUGUUUUCUAAAAUCUUUCUGAAUCUAGAACUUGUUUCUUUCGGAGGAAGAGGGUAUUCAGAUUCUCAGGCCGGUUCUUAAGAUGGGGGAGAACGCGGCGCAGAGAAGAUCCGGUUGUGGUUUAUUGAGCGUAAUGUUCGGUAGACGUAACUUGUGGUCCAAGAAACCUACUCCAACCGACAACGGUAGCCAGAAAAGCACAUCUACGGCUGCGACCGCCACCAGCAACAUUCAGUUCACUAAAUCUCCCGGAAACGACUUAAAGAAGCCUCACCAUGACGUCAAGGUUUCCGUAGAGACGAUCCAGAACAACAAGAUCCAGAAUCAGAAUCAGAGAUCGGUCGUGCCAUCAAAACCCUCUUCUAACCAAUACCCUAAUAACCAUCAACUAGGGACUUACGAGAACCAACAACGGAGUAGUUACAACAACAAUAGUAGUAGCGUUGAUCCAUACCGAGGAGGACAGAGGAAAGUGCCGAGAGAGGCCAUUGGUUUAUCUGGUGAGCUUGAAAGCAUGAUCACCGAUCAUCAGAAGUCAAGAGGAGCCAACGGUUUGGUUCGUGCAUCUUCUAGCAAUGUGAUGUUAUAUGGCAACCUUGGCAAUCUGAACCAGUCCGGACCAGCAACGACCCUAGGUUACGGUAAUGUUAAUUCCGGUGGAGGAUAUGUUGCGACGAGGACGAAUGUGGCUGCUCCCGCAACGGUGACAACAAAGAGCCAAGAUCAAUCAGGGUCUUUGUGUAGAGCAAUCUCAACGAGAAUGGAUCCAGAGACGUUGAAGAUAAUGGGGAAUGAAGAUUACAAGAAUGGGAACUUCGCUGAGGCUUUAGCUUUGUAUGAUGCAGCCAUUGCCAUUGAUCCUAACAAAGCUGCGUACCGUAGCAACAAGAGCGCGGCUUUGACUGCACUUGGGAGGAUUCUCGACGCGGUUUUCGAAUGCAGAGAAGCUAUCAGAAUCGAACCUCAUUACCAUAGAGCACAUCAUCGGUUGGGUAACUUGUACCUCAGGUUAGGAGAAGUGGAGAAAUCUAUAUAUCAUUUCAAGCAUUCGGGUCCAGAGGCUGAUCCGGAAGACAUAGUAAAGGCGAAAGCUGUUCAGACACAUCUCAAUAAGUGCACAGAAGCUAAGAGGCUACGUGAUUGGAAUGGUCUGAUCACAGAGACAACAAACACAAUCUCUUCAGGAGCUGAUGCAGCUCCACAGGUAUACGCAUUGCAAGCCGAAGCAUUGUUGAAGACACAUAGACAUCAAGAAGCCGAUGAUGCUUUGUCCAAAUGUCCGGUUUUCGAUGUGGAAACCAGCACAAGGUACUACGGACCGGUCGGUUAUGCAGGUUUCUUGGUUGUCCGUGCUCAGGUUCACUUGGCUUCUGGCAGAUUUGACGAAGCUGUGGAAGCGAUCCAACGCGCCGGCCAGCUGGAUGGGAAUAACCGUGAGGUGGCCAUGGUUUCACGGAGAGCUCAAGCGGUGACUGAAGCUCGGUUCAGAGGAAACGAGUUGUUUAAAGAUGGACGGUUCGAAGAGGCGUGUGCUGCUUAUGGUGAGGGACUAGACCAUGAUCCACGGAACUCUGUUUUGCUCUGUAAUCGUGCAGCUUGUCGGUCGAAGUUAGGUCAGUUCGAAAAAUCUGUUGAUGAUUGCACGGCAGCAAUCUCUGUCCGGCCAGGCUACCGUAAAGCUCGCCUUAGAAGAGUUGAUUGUAACACUAAGAUGCGAAAGUGGGAGUUAGUGGUGGCAGACUAUGAGAUAUUGAAAAAAGAGACUCCUGAGGAUGAGGAAGUGACCAGAGGAUUAUCAGAGGCACAACAACAACUCAUGAAACGUCGUGGCCAAGACUCUUGAGAGUAAUUUCUGUGGGUAAAAUAUGGAACGAGAGAAAAAUACACUUCCGGAAAAUUAAAUGUUUGAUUAUUUUUUUGAGCCGGCAAGUGACACCUAAAUGACAAUCUUGUGAUUCUUUAAACUUUUAAAUUUUUCUUUUUUUGGGUGAUCAAAUGUUGUAUAGAAAAUGAGAUUGUGGUGAUGCUGUAUCUAGCUUUUAAACACACAACUUGUCCAUGGUAUAUCAAAAACUUACAUUCUCGGGUCAUUAUCUAUCCAAAACAAAUUAUGUAGCUGUAGACUUAGGGGUGUUAAUGAAGAUUAGCAAUGAUGAAGCAUCAUGAUAUUGUCAUAGAAGAGAGAUAUUAUAAUGCUAACAACACUAUGUUAGAUGUUUCUGUUUUGUUAAAUGCGUCCCAGUUCGAACCCGCAGAUAUAAGAACCACAACGAUCUACAAGCCACGGCCAGUUCAUUUGUGAAAACUCAAAAGUCAAAACUGCUUUUCAUGACGUGAGCUGAACGCGUUGGCGUAAUGCUUUAACAUUUUGUAAUCACUCAGAUGUCAAGCAUUGUAAAGUUGUAAUACAAUAACGCCUUUGCUUUCAUUUUCUUUCAGAACAGAAAUACACACACACGAAAUCUCAAUCACACUAAAAUAUAUAUGAUCACAUCAUCUUUCAUUGACCUCCCUCCCCCCAAAUGAAUAUAUAUGAUAGAAAAAUACAUUCACAGCUUCACAUCGUGGGAACAACGACUCUCAGAUUCUUGACAAAGUCCGAACAAUGAUUCCUAAUUGCCAACAGCUCAUACAGCGAAACAUCACGAGUCAACCACUACUCCAUUGUGAGCUUCUCAUACUCUCCUGAGAACAACGUUUAAAAGAAUAUGUGUUCCUGUAUCCAUUUGGGUUCGGUUCGGAUGUAUUUGAAUUUCAGUUUUUCAAGAUUAAAGAUUUAAGUUCCAUUCAGUUUUAUUUAUAAAUUUCCAUUUGGAUUUGGAUAUCAAUUUAAUUUAUGUAAAAAAUAAAAAUUUAAAUAUACCUUAAAAUUUUCAAAAUCCAAAAUGAAAAUAAUAUACAUGAAAUUUUAAUAAUGUUUAGAAAGUUAUAUGGAGUUUAGAAAGUUAGCUAGUUUGAUUUCUGAUAACUAAUUUUUAUCUGCUUGCUGGUGGUGCGUUUGAGGACCAGACCCAAGAGAAGUCGAGCUGUAUGUGGAAGAGAUAAAUGACUCUGAUGCAGUUAGGUCAUGAGGAUUAUACCGAGUUCAUAGUGUCAAAGAUCAAAUCUUUGACGUCGGUUGAUGCUGAGUUGUUGCCAAGGGAUAUACAAAGACGUUCAGAAAUGGAAGUUUUAGCAUAUUGAUUCAGGACGUGACCGGGGUUUUAUGUGAUACUAGAAGUAUUCUUUAUGGUUAAGAAUGUGAGGAAAACUAUAUAGUGAGCACUUACUAGACAGUCUUACCACUUCAAUGGUAGACGACGUGUUCUACGUGUUGCAGAGCUGUCUGAGACUUUAAACAUUAGUUCUGUCAUCUGUGAUUGAUGUAUUAAGCAAUGCAGUUAGCUUGUUGGCCAAUGAUUACCAUGAAGCGUUGCAACAGACGCUUAUAGAGCCAAAUCUUGGUGCUAGGUUGUUGUUUAGGUGGUAUCGGUGUGGAAAACACUGGAACUGAGAUUGCAAUUUCUUUGAACAAUAUGGAUGCGAGCCGGGAGUACAUUCUUAAACUAAAACACGAGAUGCAGGAGCAGUGUACUGAGGUUAGUACUCAUACUUCUAAUACUUGGUGAUUUAUUUACCUAGGCAACUUUUUUGCUAGAACUGAUUUGUACCCGAAUGCCAGUGCCUAGUUCGAAAGAUAAAAAUUAUUGAUAUACUCCCUCUGUAUCAUUUUAAGAGGUGUUUAAGUUUUUUGCACAAAUAUUAAGAAAAUACAAACUUUAAUGUAAUUAAUUUUGGUAACAUAAAAUAACAUUAAAUAAAACUAAUUCAACCAAUAAGAAAAAGAUGCGGUAUUUUAUAAUUGGUCAAAAAUUUCAAAUGAUAUUAAAUUUUACUUAGAAUUGUGAGAAUAUCACAUAUUUUGAAACAAAAUCAAAAUCUUUAAACACCAGUUAAACUGAUACGGAGGGAGUAUUGAUACUUUAUGUGGAUAUCCCGGUGAUAUAGCCAGCCAUAGCUCGUUGGGUUUAAUGAAUUAUUCUCCCUACCCGAGAGAUCUCUUUUUUAUAGUUAACUAGAUCUUAUUGUUUUUAAAUCAUACUCUCUUUAUUCUUAAAAGAUCCAUAUUCUAUAUUUUUCACAUAUUUUAAUAAAAUAUAUUAAAUUUGCAUAACUUUUUGUGUUUAUUUUUUUCAAUAACUUUAAACUAAUAAAAAAUCAAUUAGUACAAUUAAUUUUGUUGAAGUUUGUAAUUAAUUAAUAAAAUAUUUAUUGAAAAAAUAAAAAAUAGAUUUCUUUGAAAUAAAUUUUUUACUUUUAGGAACGGAAAGAAUACUUAUUUUAUCAUAGUACAAUGUAAAAUGUCAACUGGGGUUAUAACCCAUACCAUAAUUUGGGUUUUGUUAUGGGCCUUGCGUGCUUAUUGUUCAUCGUAGCAAAAUUAAUGAAAUCAACUCCCAUAAUGUUAAGGUCUUUUUUCUUUUUUCCUCCUAGAUUUGAUAAAAAAAAGUAUCAAUAAAUGUAGCAUAUGUGAUAUGCCUUUGUCAACGUAUAUGCUCCUUGUGAUUUGAAGUUACAGUAUGCUCUUGAGCCUUAAGAUAUUAUUUGAUUAACAGAAAACAGUAGUUUAUCUUCUAAACGAGUUUCUUAUUUCGAAACUCGGAGCAUAAAAUUUUAAGUUACUAUUAUCAUAUAUUCUCACAUUCCAACUGAAACCAAGUUGGGUGUGUGACCCACCAAAUUAGACGGUUCAGAUUAAAUUAUUCUAAGAGUUCCAAUGCACAUCACAUUUGAUUAAUUAUAUUCGAAUACUUCCUUUUAGUCUUUUUAUUUGUAGAAAAAAACUACAAAGAGGUUAUUUGUGAACCGUUGAUGAUUCCAUCAAAUCAGAAUCUGAUAUCGUUUAAAGUAUGCUGACACCCACUUGUAACUCAUGCUUAAUAUGCCCUGACCUCAAAUAUAGUGGUUGAAAACUUGUUAUGAUCUUGAUUACGGGUUCUACUUUGACUCUUGGUACGUCGGGUUUUCUUUUAUUUAAAGAUGGUUCGCUACUUAAAGGUAGAAAACAAACGAUUGUCAAUUAAGCAUGCACGUCAUUGCCAAUUUAUAGGUCAACUCAAGUGUUUUACUCUCAUAAAUAUUAGACGUCGGAAUCUUGUGCAAAAUCACAAACUACACAUAUGUUAAGUGUAUGGAAACAUGACAUCAAAUGGCUCAUCAUUCAUAUUUUCACUAAGCGUAGUUCUGUUAAUCGGAGUUGAAUAUUAGUCAUCAUUUUGAUUGUAUAGGUAAUCUUCUCCUAAUUUUCUUGGAAUUUUUUUGAUUAAAAAAAAUUAUAUGCAUACUUUUCAAACACUUUUGCAAACCAUGCGGAUUUGGGUGUUGUAAUGGUAGAUAUUUCCUCUUCAAUUUUAAUAUUAUCACCUUAUUUCUGGUAGGAGAUAUCUUCCCGUUUUUUCAACAAUAAACUCCAAAUAUUCUUGAUUUUAAUUUUAAUAACUCUUUCUGUCUAUUUAACAUAAUUUCAUUUUCGUCUUCAUCGAUCUGAUUUGUUUAAUGUUACAGCUGACAUAUUCAAUUUAAUAAGGUUCUUCAAAGAUAUGGAAGCUCAGACUUAAGAGAUUUAAACCAUGAUUAACUUCAAUUUCUUAACUGGAGUUAUAAGCUUUAGUUAAGAGACGGUUUUUAGUUUUUUUUUAGAUUUUAACUAAGAAAAGCUAAGAAUCAUCUCUUAAAUAAGAGAUAUAAGAGCCGUCUUUUAUACGAAAAGUGUAAAAAAAAAUUAAAUCAUAAGUUAAGAACCCCGGUUAAGAAACAUGGGUUAAUCAGCUCUGAGGCACCUCGUCACGAUAAGUCGAUAACAAAAAGCAUAUUACUAUAAUUGUCUUUUUGUUGUAUAGAGAUAAAACGGAGAAGACAAAAGCAAAUGACAAUAUAUUAAUUUAUAAGAUAAGGCGAUAUAUUAUAAUUUUAUCGUUAAUGCAAUGUACCAAUUUGAUCACUGCGCUCUGAUUCUUAUCAUCACUAAUUAAUUAUAAUAAGUAACCGAUAAAUUUAUAUGCUCAAUAAGGAUUAGUUAUCGACUUGAAUAAAAAGAACAAAAGACAAAUGUCUAUAUAUACCACUACUGAUAUAUAUAUAUAUAUAUAUAUAUAUAUAUAUAUAUAUAUAUAUAUAUAUAUAUAUAAUAAUUGAUUAUUUCGUAUUUAUGCACAUUAAAUAAAUAAAUAAUAAUAAUUUAUUUAAAAUAAUAGUACUUAUUAUCUAAAAUUUUUGUGUAUCAAUUAUUUAGUCAGUUUAGUUAUCAUUUGAAUAUAUUAAAUUAUAUCUAUUUUUCGAAUUAAACUAUUCUUUUGUUGAAAUAGCUUAGAUUUUUGAUUAGUUUUAUUAGUUUCAUUUAAUACUGAUUUAUAGUCUUAGAUUACCAAAUAUCAUUUAGUAAAAUUAUGCAUAAUUUGAUAUAGUUUAUUUUGAAAAAUAAACUAAAGUGCAAUCGAUUAAGAGUUAUACUAAAUGAAAUAAUAUUUUUUUUGAAAAUUCAUGUACAUGUAUAAAUUUUACAAAAUAACUCAUUUAUAUGCUUUAAGUUGUUUUAUAUUUAUAUGUAUAAAAAUCAAUAAAAUAUUUUAUAGAUAAUUAUAUAUUGCCAUUCUUGUUAAACUUUGAUUUUGAGUAUAAGAAUAUGAAUUAGUUCGAUUAAUAUUGUGAUUAUAUUAACAUACGUCUAUUCAUCCAAAUUGAACUAUAAUCAUUUUCAGUUAUAUUUAGAAUAAAAGCAUAUUAAACUAUUUAGAAUAAAUAUUUUUUUUUUGAAAAAGAGAAUAAAUAUAUAUUACUUAUUAUAUUUCUAAUUAUAAUAAAAUAUUUUGGUAAAAAUAUGUUGUUUGAAAUUAUGUUUUGAAAAAGAUAUUUUAAAAUAAAUUAUCUGAAUAUUUUAAGACAAGUUACUAAUAUUUUUGUUUUUAUAUCUCCUUGUUCUGGAUAUAACCUUAUAUAUAUUAAUCAUAUGGAUCAUUAAAUUAGUAUACAGUUUUUGCUUUAGUUAUAAACCAUCCCUUUGUAUUUAUUUUUUUUCUCAUGCACCUGUAGAUCAAUGGGUUUUUUUUGUUAACCUAAAAUAAUUAAAUAAAGUUAAAAGUCAUCCCACUAGUACUAUUAAAAAAGAUCUACUAAAAACAAGAGUCUAGAGCAAAUGGCAUGAAAAAAAAAACAAAUCAUAUAAUGACAAGAGCAUCCUACUUUUUUUUCUCUUUUAGCAGUGUAUGUGUGGGCCGACAAUAAGUGUGGCAACUCAUUUUCCAUCUUCUUUUUCCAUUUUCGUACAAUCUUUUAAUUAUAUAUAACUCCUGAAUUAAUAAAAGGGAAAAAAUAGCAUUUCACAAAAGGAAUUUAAUUAUUAAAAAUUGGUAGAUUAUGCAUCAAAUUAAGUAUUACUGUUUGUAUUAAUUAAUUUAUGUGAUGGAUUUAUACACUAAUUCAUCACUGUUAUUUUGAUUUGAGAUAAAAUUCUAAAAAAUUAUUAUGUUAUGGGCCUGUGGGCCUGGAAGUAACUGAGUCACAAAGACGUAGCAAAGCCGUAGGGGUGAUAAAGUGGGCCCAUAUCCACGACCGAAAGUAUGUUGAAAGGAGCGAUACCGUUAGGCUUUGGCAGUUUUUUCCGUUUACCUGUCUAUUUACUCUUGUCUUUGUUCAUCAUCUUUUAUUUACUUCACAAAUCGCGAGUAUUCCGAAUAAAUCUGGAGGUAUAUAUACGCACGUCGAAAGUAAAAUAUAGUUCAAAAGAGAGUUAAAUCAUACAAUAAUAUGAAUAUAAUUCCUUAUAUUCCAUGUUUUUUCCUCCUCAUUCUUAUUCCACGUGGUGAUAGGGAACUGUUAUGGUCCAAGAAUAAUUAUACAUUUCUUUUUUUUAACGACUUCAAUUCAUAAAUGAAAAACCCCAGGGGGAGAGUGAGAAUACAUUUCAAAAAAAAAUAUAUAUAUAUAUAUAUAUAUAUAUAUUUUUUCAUUUCAAAAUAUAUUAAAUUUUUAUCGACAUUAAUAUCAAGUUUUUUUCAUUCAUUGUGAAGUCUGUUAGGAUUAUAUAUACUGUAAGUGAUUUUAUUGGUGUGCAUGUUUCCUAUUUAUCGAUAACGUACACCGACCGAUUCGAUAUAAAACUUGAAAAUUUGUAGAUACGUCGAUGAAAAGUUACUUUCUAGUGUAUAAUAACUGUUAUUAUUCUUUAGUAGGUUUUUAAAAGUAAUUAAUUCAAAACAUACUUUUAUUAAAUACAAUUUCAUAAUUUUCUAUAAAUAUCAGUUACAAAAAAAAAAUUCCUAUAAAAAUUCUUUUAUUGAUUACAUGAAAAUGGAGGACUGAAACGUGUUAGCUCCGCAAUGCUUCGACAGAAAAAGAAAAGAUAGGAAAUCGAUGAGAAACACAUCAAACAAACGACGUCGAAUAAGCUUCUUUACAUGUAAUCACACUCUCAUUUCUUACUUCACUACAACUCUUUACAGCUCAUUUCUUCCACUUUCCUCUAAUUUUCCUGAAAUCAUAUCAAUACUUGACAAAAUAUGCCAAAAACCUCAUGUCAUUUUACACACGUUGAAUGUCCGCAACUGAUACUGACCCUCUAUUAUUUCCACUAAUUGUAAGCUUUCCAUUCAACAUAUAUGCUUUAUACAAUGAAAUCUCUAUAAAUUAAUAAUGUUAGAAAUAUAUCAAAAUUAUUUUUUUUUAAUUUAUAGAAAUAUUAAUUUAUUGAAUCAAAAACUCAAUUUGAGACUAUAAAUUAUAUUAUUUAUAGAGAUUUUUAGUGUAUAUUAAUUUAUAGAGUAUUAAUUUAAAAAUGUUAUACUGUAUAUGUUCUAGAAAAUUGUUUUGCACACUUCCGUAGAACAAAUGUUUUACGCCAUGUCUUCGGUAUUAGUGCCGGCUGAUCCCCUAGGAGGAUUAUUCGGCCGAAGACCUAAUACACUUGUUUAAUUGUUUUGCAUUUUAAUUUACCAAAAACAAGUUGAUACUAGUUGAUUCUUAACAAUAUGUACUACAAUAUCUCAUUCUAUUAUGAUUUAAAAAUUUUGAUUUAGAAAGUAAUAAUAUUCUAAUUUAAAACUACUUUCUUGAUAUCGACUCACUGGAAUAUUUUGUUUGGAUUUUACGGCAAUAGAACUUGGAUAUGAAAUUUAAACAAACCAAAGUAUCGUAAUAACUGUGGAUUUUAUCUCAGUUAUGAAAACAAGUUUAUCAACAAAAAGCAAUAAAGAAUAAAUUAGUUCAUGAUGUAGUUUAAUAAUCGAUUUCUUUUACAUUGUAAGUUUUUUUUUUUUAAUCAUGAUUUGGUAUUCCAAACGUUUUAAGUGAGAAAGUUCUUUGAUAAUUAAGCUCCGAAAAUUAGUAUGGGUCUCUCAUUCCACCAAAAUAAAAAGUUAUCAGAACGAGAAAAGAAACCUAGAUAGAAAGUGUUUAGCUUACUGAUGAGGUCAAUCGGGGGAGACCGAGCAUGUGGACUUGGUGCGUGCACGUACGAUGAAUGCAUGAUUUACUAUUCUUUUAUUUUGCUUAAUUGUUUAUGGUUUACCUUUUUCCCUUCACCCCUUGUAUGCACCGGAAAGAAAACUAUUCAGCCGACCACUAGAGAGGGUCUGUGUUCAAUAGGGACACGUACCGAAGUAGACCACACGUGUGUGUCGGUUUAGGAUGAAUGACAGAUGCAGACGAGUCAUAUGUUCUGGACAGCGACCGACAAGCUCCUGACACGUUAUGAACCUUUAAUUUUAAAUCUUUUCUGGUUCGGUCCGGUCCAUGGCCGGCGAUUUAGCCUGGCACUUCAAUUGACUACAAGAAAAACGAACGUAACUAUAAUAAUUGAGGCUUUUUUUUUUUUGAACACCCAGUAAUAAUUGAGGCUAAUAGAAUAAAAAUAUGGUCUUUCCGUAAAAAGCUGACAAAAUAUUAAAUAUAAAUCCAGAUGUCAUCUACUGGCGCAUUGUAGUAAAUAUAUAUUAAACUAAAACUCAAAAUGAAAUACUCUAUUCGAAUUGAACAGAGAUAAAAAUAUACACAAGGGAUCAACCUAUAUACUAAAUGAAAUUGUAAAAUAUCGGUGUUAUAAAAGGACCUACUUUUAAUAAAAUUAUUUUACAAUUAGUAAUAACAAAUUAUCGACUAGGAACAAACAAUACAUAUAAAUGUUCGGAAUCGAGAAUUUGUUUUGAACAAUGGAUUCAUAAAAAUGUAUCAUAUGACUUUUUUUGUCAACUAUCAUAUCACUAAUUUCCGUAAAGACACUUUUUUAUUUUGUAAAUAUAUUAUAAAUAUAUUAUUUAAUAGUAAGUGAUUACGUUUUUUCUUUUAAUGUGAAGUAAGCAAUUUUCUUUUUGAUGAAACAUCAGUUUAAGUGAAAGACUAAGUUUCAGGUCAAGAGAAGACUCGUAAACUUCGUGGAAGUGUGGAUGUCAUGCACGUGAAACUAAAUAAUUCACAAUCUAACCUUUUUAGACAUUAAUUAUAUGUUGAAUCUAAUGUCCAAUUUUUUUUUUUUUUUUUAAAAAUAUAUAUAUAUAUAUAUGCUGAAUCGUUGCAAAAAAAAAAAGAUAAUAAAUCAGAGUUGAAC